CACUGCCUCUCUAUCUUGCCUGAUACAUGCAAGUUUAAUCCGUGGAAAGCGGGUCCGUGCCAGCAAGUGUGUGUGUGUGUGUGUGUGUGUGUGUCUGCGUGUACGGACUUUCUCCUGAUGAACGAAGACAUUUAUGUUCGACAGAACAAAAGGAAGCCUCUGCUGAACUUGUGUGCAACUGCCGGUGCUAUUGGACAUGCUGGUUCCCCACAGCUUCCUGAGCUUCUCUUUCUAGCUACCUCCGUAUUUACCGAUCUGCCGUUUGAACGGAACUGGUCAGUCUGACAUUUGGAUUAUUCAGUUAUAAGUUGGCGUUUGCCGAAUCUGUCGGCUUUAAUAGUGACUGGACACCGACUGGAAUCCCGGAUUCUAAUCGGAGAGAAAUUCACUUUCCUUUCGUGGUUUGGGCAGAAGAAGAAAAGAAUGGUAAAAUGAGCCCAUCUUCCUGAGAGGUGCCGGAAAAUUGCGCGUGUGUGUGGCAUCGUGUGUGUGUGUCCGCCCUGGAGUGUUAGUGUGGCCGUCCACCCAGAAAACGUCAGGGUCUUGGGGCUGGUACUGGGGGAGGAGACCUGACCCUGCCCCCUUCAGGGGAUGCGCGUUUGUGCCGGUCAGAAUUCUCCACCUGACUCCACCGCUGCCUCCUCUCUGGGUCUGGCACAGUUUGGAAACGGGAGCGUUUGAACCGGCACACUUGCGGAGGAGGACUGGGACACCUCAUUCUGGGCUCUGCAUAGAGGAGCCUCUCUGUGAGAAUCGGGUCUCCCUGCUCUGCCUCCAGCCACCCCCCGGGUGGGCUGGUGCAACUCCUGCACCCGCUGAGUGAGGGUCACCCGGGUCAGCAUGCAGGUCUCCUUCGUUUGUACGGAUCAUCGGGGCGUAAGCCGCAGCACCGAGGACCGGCUCAAUCGGCAGAACGCCAACAGCCCCGGCACGGGCACACGCAGCAAGUUCCGCACCGUGGCCAUGGUGGCCCGCAGCCUGGGUCAGCUUUCGGUGCAGACCGUCCCCUCCUCCAGCGACCAGAGCAUGAGGACGGGCAUGAAGUAUAGAAACCUUGGAAAAUCCGGACUGAGGGUGUCCUGCCUCGGGCUGGGAACAUGGGUGACGUUUGGGGGCCAGAUCACGGACGAGAUGGCCGAGCAGCUGAUGACUCUGGCCUACGAGAACGGCAUUAACCUGUUCGACACCGCCGAGGUCUACGCGGCGGGAAAGGCUGAGGUCACCCUGGGAAACAUCAUAAAAAAGAAAGGUUGGAGGCGUUCCAGUCUGGUCAUCACUACAAAGAUCUUCUGGGGCGGAAAGUAUGGCAUUUGUCUCCUGUCUCAUUCUCAGACACAUACGUCAUUCAUCUUCUGUCCCUCAUGCAUACACACACACACACACACACACACACACACACACACACACACAGCCAUUUUCUUUGGAGGAGGAGUGAUAUCAAAAGUUAUUCUGUCCUUUCCGUCCAUCUAUUAUGUCUUGCCUCUCUAUCUCCACAUUACACACAGUCAUUGGGGUGGAGGGAUAUUGCUUUAUAUCCCAGUUUUACUCUGGAGCGCCGUGCUUCACCUACGGCUGCAGCUGGCAUGGCACCUGCGGGUGCCGCCACACUCCUGGCCGCCCGGCGUUACACGGCAUCUGGCUGGGGAGGAGCUGAGUUCCUGUCUGGCCCACCCAGCCCUGUGUUUUUUCAUAAGGUUUUCAGCGAUAAAAUUGAUUAGAUUUUGUCCCAUUUUGUUUCUUCCAAUAUCCUACUACUUUCGAAUCUUGGCAGCGUCCUUUUAUUACAGUAUUUCUCAUGCGACGCCUGUCACCUUUCCGUCAUUGUCUCCACGGCAACACCUGCCCUGCCCCGCCCACAUCGUGAUGAGUUUGCCCUUUGCCGUUGCAGAGACGGUGCGAGCGAUGACCCACGUGAUCAAUCAGGGAAUGGCUAUGUACUGGGGCACGUCCCGCUGGAGUCCCAUGGAGAUCAUGGAGGCGUACUCCGUGGCACGGCAGUUCAACCAGAUCCCCCCCAUCUGCGAGCAGGCUGAGUACCACAUGUUUCAGAGAGAGAAGGUGGAGGUGCAGCUCCCAGAGCUCUUCCACAAGAUUGGCGUCGGUGCGAUGACGUGGUCCCCACUGGCCUGUGGGAUCAUCUCAGGGAAAUACGACAGUGGGGUUCCCCCCUACUCACGAGCCUCCCUGAAGGGCUACCAAUGGCUGAAGGACAAGAUCCUGAGCGAGGAGGGCCGGCGCCAGCAGGCGAAGCUGAAAGAGCUGCAGGCGAUCGCGGAGCGGCUGGGCUGCACACUGCCCCAGCUCGCCAUCGCGUGGUGCCUGCGAAACGAGGGCGUGAGUUCUGUGCUGUUGGGGGCAUCCAACACGGACCAGCUGAUGGAGAACAUAGGAGCGAUACAGGUCCUUCCGAAGCUGUCCUCGUCCAUCGUGCACGAGGUGGACAGCAUCCUGGGAAACAAGCCUUACAGUAAAAAGGACUACCGAUCCUAAGCUGCCGGGGGACCUCCGCUCGGCACCCUUGCCUGUUCCCACUGUUUGCUUGAGCUUUUACCGAAUGAGAGACCGGCGCAGAAGACCCGCGUAGCCUCGGCCCCGGUGGGGGAAUCGUUUAGAGCCAGCGGCUGACGAGUCCAACCCAUGGGGGGUAGUGGGGGGGCCGCGAGGAGCGGCUGAUGAGAGCUCCGCGGGACAAGCGCUCGUAGAUACGUCACUCAAAUUCAGCAGAAACGUGUUUUCGACAUAGAAGAGAAAUACAAAAAAAAAAAAACUGCACACGCUUGCUUGGCAGUCAAAAUAAACUUUCUGAUUUAUUUUUUCCUCCUCUUUCUGGCCUUUUUAAAAUACUGUAUGCAUAAAAUGGUAAAAUGGAACAUAGGUCAAUAUAGAAACAGCGAAUGAUCUGUUGCACUUGUAACUAUAAGCAGUCAUUCCCGUUUGUGUUGCGGUCUCUGAGAAAUGCACGUCCUCGGCCAUCAUGUCACCAUCUGGGCCACCCCGGCUCCCUGUCUGCUAGUCCCGUGCUCACGGCUUUCUCUCAGAUGGAUAGAUGUAGAUGAUGAGCCGAGAGGCCUUCGGCGCUCAGAAGACCCUCCGUCGUCAUCCCGCCCCUCCGACACUGUGGCUGCAUCGGGGAAACACCAGGCCAGGCGCAGGCCUGAAUCUCAAUCCACGAGGCCUCCUUGUGCGGCCGGCUGUGGAAGCAGAGACUGUGUCUCUUUUUAAAACAUCUGAAAAAACCUGGUCUUAACCUGGUACUCAGUGUGGUUUGGGUGAGAUGCUUUUGACAGCCGUUUUAUUUUGCUGCCAGUUAACACGUAAAAAGCCUGGUUGACCAGAUCAGAAAGUCGCGCAAUUUACAAGUGACGACGAGUUUUAUCUAUGUCUCUCUAGCUAAGAAAUGCUUAUAAAAUGCUUUAACCACUGUGGUGUGAUGUGUGUCUUUAAAGCAGGAUUAGAUUCAGUGCUGGUUUUACAGUAGACGUACCACCAGUGAAUUCUUCAGUUAUUUGCAAUGCAUCUCUCAUCAUAACCGGAAACAAAGUGAUUUUUAAGGAAUUAUCCAAGUCAACACAGUAAACCACCAGAAGACUGUGUUAUAUACCUCUUUACCACUGGGCCUGGAUUUACUUCAGCUGUAUGAAAGCUGGUCACUGAAAAACGCAAAUGACAUAUCACCAGUGGGAGCCCAGUUGUCAGUAACUGUUUCAGGGAGAGCAGACUGGCUGCUGGGGUCGUGUUCUGAGCUGUGAGACAGUUGGCUUGUUAGCGUGUAGGUCAGGAGCAAAAGCAGAGAGUGUGUACGACGCAGUCAUCAUUCAGCCGUUAUAUUUGACGUCUGUGCACGUCAUGUUAGCGAUGAACCAUUGUCUUCAGACAGGUGACAUUUCAUGUGGUUCAAGCCAAAGAUUUCUGAGGUGUCUUUCACUGAUGUCCCCCCUCUGAUGAAAGGGAACAUUAUUUUUUCAUCUGCUGUCUGCCUUGGCGUUUUCCUUAUCGACUUCAUGUGUUUAUUGGUUUUUGUCAUGCUGUAAGCUGUAAGAGAAGAAAUAUAUCUCAUAAAUGAAUAUAAAUAUAUGAUAAAAAUUUAUGAAUCUUUUUAAAUGGUACAUGUUCCUUUUGCUUCUGAACAUAAGAAUUGUCGGUGUCUGAUUGCGUACUCAAGGGAUUUGAGUCUUCCACUGUGGCUGUCUCUGGACCUGAUCGCACUCACGCCUCUGCUGGGAGUGCCGUGUCCAUCAGAAGUUGUUCCACUGCGGGUACGUGGACAUCCAUGAACUGUGAAGUACGUCUCCAUUGCACGGACGUUCUAAAAAUGAGCGAGGAACGAGGCUGGAUCCACGAAGACGUGUCGAGUGCUCAGUGUGACGCGUGUUUGACAGCAGCUUUUACUUCUGGAGCUUCUGCCCUCCUUGGUCUUGGGAGAAGCUACCGGGCAUCACUGUGUGGUUAUAAAUAGUUUUGUCGUUGUGUGGAGAGGAGUGAUUAGCGAGCAGCUCAAACACUUUGUGUGGACUUUCUGCCCUCUAGUGAAGCAUACGAGAAUUCCCAGGAAGUCAGACUUUCAUCUUGUCCGGUAUGGAGUAUAUUGAACUGUUACCCCUGUGCAGUCUUUGUUUUCCUCCGUGUGGCUGGUCUAGUUUACUGUACGUAGUUUAAAGUUAUGAGAACCCUGCAGUGGCGUGACAGGUGUGUACUGACAAAAAUGACAGCGGUGAUGACGAAUCCAGGUCUGACAUAGCAUUACGGUUGGAAGAGUUCUGCACUGACGUGUUGCCUUUGCUUAGUGCAUCUUCUGUCAGUCUGACUUUGCGAAGUAACCUUGUCCAAGUUUUCCUUUUUGUGCUCUCUGGCUCCACCAGCUGGGCACAGUGAAUUAUCAAUAACAAGCAAAUGAGUCUGUCUGUAGCCAUAUAAAAGCAUAACUAAUGGCAUAUUCAGUCUUCUGUGUGCACUGUUGUUUUGUACACAAUGUGACAGACUGAUUCUUCCCAUGGUGGUCUACGAGGAGCACGGUGUCUUAUUUUGGUCCAGUUAUGUGUGUUCAACUUGUCAGUUUAGCGCUGAAGGUUGGACUGCUGAUCUAUGCACGAGUGUCUUACCCAGGGUGCUUUGCGUGUUCUGUCCAGGAAAAAAUCAGCCGGAAUGGUCACAUGCCCUCUGCUGUUCCAUACACAUGUCUAAUGUGCCAGUAUGUUUCAGUGCAGACUGGAAUGUAUUGAAUUCGACCAGACCCUGAGCCUGUAAUCUGAUUUAUCCUGUGAGCCCUGCUUUGGGUCCAUUUGCUAGCAGAAAGAACAGUAGGAAUCUUUGCCCAGAAAGCCAUUGUCUGGCCUGCAUUUCCCGUAUGUCUGCGUGUUCAUGACAGCAGUGUGUCAUGGUGUCCAUUGUAACUGAUCACCAGUAUUUUAUAUGUUAAUCAGUCUCCAUAUUUUUGUUAUGGUCUGUAAUGCUGAGCCUGAGGCCACAGACAUUGUUUUUUCAAUCACAUAAAUUUUAUGUGUCGUCAUACAUUCAGAGCCUGCAGAUCUUUAGCUUUAUUAUACUUCAUAGCACUUACAGACUCUUGUGGGUAAAAAGGUAUUCCUGUUUUAUUAAUGGAUAUCAGAUCUGGAAAAAGUGUACCUCAUUACAAAUUAAUUUGGCCAGUAUUAAGAUGCUGGCAUUGUGGAUCCAUGCCCAGUGCCCCGGUCACUGCUCGCGAUGACCCUGUGUGACUUGCCUUGCAGGCAUUUUCCGUGCUUCUGCACUGGCAGUCGGCAAGGUUGUCCUCAUCUGUGAUGUGGCUGUCGUGUAGUCUGUCUCUUACCGUCACUGGUACAUUUCACUGCUGGUCUGUCCCCACUAACCAGGCAGCCUACUUUUACUGUGAGUUACACAGGAACAAAACGUUCCACACAUUAGCUUUGUUCUCCUAGAGGUAUCUGGUUGUUCUCACACGUCACAGAACCUUAUCUCUGGAUGGUUUUGGGCCUGUCAAACUGUCACCCUCGUUGUCUCUUCCUUCCCCUGCUGGGCAGGAAAAUAUUUUGUGCUUUCUUUCUGAAUUGGUAUAUCUGAUUUUGGUCGACGGAGAAACCAUUGCUGCUGCCUGAUUGGGCCGAACGUUGGGUGAAAGCCAGCAUGAGCUCACCUUCAGAAUUCUUAGGGCUGCAGGUAAAACUGUCAGAGGGUCUGGCCGCUUGCCUGUACAGCAGUAGGCCAUUCUUCUGAACCCCCAGGUUUACGUUAUCCUGGUGGUCUGCGGUGCUUUGUGAGAGGGGCGUGCCUGACGACCCUGCCAGAGUGAUACAGACCAACUGAUAGACCAGACUAGUGCUGUGGAUAACAUCAACUGUAUAUGGUAUGCAUUACACCGGGAGUAUUUUAUAUGUUCUGGAACGUUCUGCGGGUAACUGUCAGAACUCGUUUUAUUUCAGUGUUUUUUGUGACAAAGGAUUACAUUUACUGCAGAUGUCUUCUAGGGUUAUUAAAAAAAAAAUUGCUGCCGAAAUUACUUCCUCUCAACGGGUCAGAUACCUUCUGUAUGUAUAUAUUUUGACCUCUGUAUAUAUGAAUGGAUGUAUUCACUUCCACCUUUUUUAUUUUACCUUCAUUGUCAGGCAUUGCUAGCUGCAUUGUGCUUGAAUUUGAAAUUAGACAAUAUGUACAGCUUCAGUAUUUAUGAGAUGAAAAUUAAAAGAGCAUCAUGAGAUCCA